AUGGACGUGUUCGUUUCUGGGUUGCUCGCCGCAGAGAAAGAGGGCAGACGCUACCUGUAUCGUACCGCUGCGGCGUUUGUAUCGUCGAGGCUCGGCAUCAAGGGCAUUCCGCCCCUGCGUAUGGCUGACGUCCAGCCUCCGACGGCGAGCGGGUCUGCAUCCUCCCACGCUGGCGGUCUCAUUCUUGCUGGAUCCUACGUUCCAAAGACGACAGCCCAGUUGAAAGUCUUGCGGGAGAGGCGCCAGGACAAGCUCGCCGUCGUUGAGCUCGAAGUUGCGGACCUCAUCAAGUCUGCCGAGUCGGAGCGCGCCAUCGUCGACAAGGCGGCAGCAGAGGCCAACGACCAGAUCUCCGCUGGAAAGGAUAUUCUUGUCAUGACAUCCCGGACGCUCGUCAAGACAUCGGAUGCCAUCAGCUCGCUAGAGAUCGGGUCGAAGGUGGCCUCGGCACUGGUAAGGCUCCUCGAGCAGAUUCGAGUACGGCCGCGCUAUGUCAUCGCCAAGGGCGGCAUCACCUCUUCGGACGCGGUGACCAAAGGCUUGAAGAUGCUAAGAGCGCGGAUCAUGGGCCAAGCAGCUCCCGGUGUUGCCACUAUGGCGUUGUGA